CUCUUUUCAGCGUUGCACACAACAAUGUGAACAAACCCCAAAGUUGAAAAAUGAUUUUGAGGUCGGCUAGUUUAAGCCUCGUCGAUUUUUUGUGGUGUUCUCUCGCCUCGGGUUUCCUUGUGGCUUUUUGCGCUCACAAAAUCUCGGCUCACGUGCCGAGAAGAUACAAGACCUCACGUGUCUACGUGUUCUUUCAGGAUCUUAUUCGAUACGGAAAAACAAAAGAAAACAUCAAACGAGCCGACUGGCUUCGCGUGUUUGACGUCCCUAAAAGAUGGUUCUGGCACUUUUAUGCCAUCUCUGUCGGCUGGAAUAGUUUUCUUCUGGUCCUAGACCUGAACUUCGUUUAUCGGUCGCAAUCAUUCCCGUCAUGGCUGAACGGAAUAUUAGACAUUUUGACAGGUGCAGCAAGCACCGACAGUCAAGUCCCACAGCUGUCUACUGUCCUGGUGCACCUGCUGCUCUGUAUCCAUUCCCUCAGGAGGCUGCUGGAGUGCCUUUUUGUCAGUGUCUUCUCUGAUGGCGUCAUUCAUUUGGUGCAGUAUGUGUUCGGGCUUGGUUAUUACAUGAUACUGGGAUUAACGGUGCUCUGUUCAGAUCGCAUGGAAAAAGGGACUGGCACACUUCUCUCUCAGUUCAACUGGAUUCAUGUGGUUGGAUUAUUACUUUUCAUUGGAGCUUCCUUUCUGCAGCAUCAGUCAAUGGUCCUGCUGGCCAGGCUGCGAACUGGAAAAGCAGGAGCAGUGGAGACCCUGGCUCACAGGCUGCCAACGGGGGGCUGGUUCGAGCUGGUUUCAUGCCCACAUUACUUUGCUGAGCUGCUGAUCUACAUCUCACUUAGCCUUGUUUUUGGUGGCCUCUCUUUGACUUGGUGGCUUGUGGUGCUUUAUGUGUUCUUCAACCAGGCACUGGCAGGCCAGCUUUGCCAUGACCUUUACAUUAGCAAAUAUGAGUCAUACCCGAAGCACAGAAGAGCAUUUAUACCUUUUGUGCUCUGAAUGAUCUGAACUCUUUGUCUUUUUGCGGUCAUCACUGGGAACUACAAAGUCUUUGAGAAGUGUCUGAUUUAUGUCUGAGAUGGGAUGCAUUUAUCAUGUUAUGCCAGAUAUGAGUUGACUGAAUAUAUUUCAGUCUGAGUAACAUAAAAUAUUGUCUUUAGCAAAGCCAUAUUACAGAAAAUGUUCUAAUAAUGAGGGAAAAAAAUGGUUUCUCAUUAAUUUAAGAAAACCAAACAUUUGAAACAGUUGAUGCUUACCUCCCUGUGGCACUCCCACAAAUUGAUGGCAUGCUUUGAAAAGUUUCUUCCGUUACACAUGAAUACACAAUAAAACACAUAGACUGUGGACAACUUUCUCAUACAUACUUUGUGAGUACUAGAAUAUUUAAGAGUAUACGUUCUUUAAUUUUGCUGUACAGUCUGUGGUUGAAUGGUACUUGAUAUAUGGGAAAUAAAAUGUCAAGUAAAUUUAAGUUUUUAAUCCAUUUAUUUCAUUUUAUUUUCUACCAUAAUUUAUUUCUAUUUUCUCCUUUAACGUGAUUCAUGGAGAUUUGACAUUCUUGAUUGAAUUGAUUUAUUUGAACGACUCUUUUAAACCGAGUCGCAGCUGUGAGACGUUGAUUUGUAAGCCAUUAUUUUUAUAUACAAAUUAUCCACUCUGUUUUCACAUCGCACGUGCCAUCAUAUGAGUCUGUUGUCCAACAAGCUCUAUUCACGUGAUGCACCAUUGAUGAAAGCAUUGUUCAGAAAAAAUGCUCUUUCUGUUCAA